AUGGUGGCUAAGCAUGAAGUUGCCAUUGCAGCAUUCAACUCCUCUGCGAGUAUGCUAGCUACAGCGUCAACACACGGCACCCUCGUCAGAAUCUUCAGCGUGCUUAGUCUUGAUCAAGUGCAUGAGUACAGGCGUGGCACUGAGCCUGCCACCAUAUUUUACCUAGGGUUCAACCCGAUGUCGUCUUUACUGGUGGUGGCAAGUGACAAAGGCACGUUUCAUGUUUUUGACAUAGCUGAGCAGUCAAACAACCAGAGCGGCGUUCUAGCAGCAGCAGCGGGAGCACUAGCAAGAGUGCCGGCCGCUCUCUACAGCUACAAGAAGUUCACCAUGUCGGAACCUGGGCCGUUCCGCUGUCACUUUCUUGACGACGACGAGCUUCUCCUGCUGUCCUACAGUGGCACAGCGUACUUGAGCAAGCUGAUGAAUGGGCAAGACUGCAAGCCCAAUGUCUACUUUAUCUUCUUCAAUCAGUACCUGAAUGCGGACUUGUGA